AUGCUGCUCAAACUCGUCAGGUCAGAGUAUAGUUACAUUCUCUUAAAAUAUAGGACAAAGUCUAAGUACAGGACAAAAUGCAAGUGUCUCACAACUCUUCCAUUCGCAGGUAUUCCCAGAUUGAUUACAGCUGAUAUGGUUAGAGAAGGCGCAGCUGUCAUUGAUGUGGGUAUCAACUAUGUUCAAGAUCCUACAACUGGAAAGACGAAAUUAGUUGGAGAUGUGGACUUUGAAGCUGUUAAGAAGAAAGCCAGCUUCAUCACUCCAGUCCCAGGAGGCGUGGGACCCAUGACGGUGGCCAUGCUUCUGAAGAAUACACUUCUGGCUGCCAAGAGCAUCAUUUACUAGAUGACACAGUGGAGUACACACAACAAAUAGUGCUGCUUAUUUAUUUGACAACCGCCAAAUUCUUUCUAUUUUCCUACAAAGCUAUUUAUUUCUACAUUGUGUUUAUUUUUUCAUGAGUGGAAUCAUUGUAGAACUGAUUAUUUACACAACUUUAUGGAUUCCUUGUUAGUAGAUUUUGAGUUUUAAGAAAAAAACAAAGCAAUUACAAUGAUAAUUUGGAUAACAAUUCUUAUUUUAUGGAUAUUUGUCCGUAAUGUUAAAACAAAUGAAGAAUUCAUAUUUAAUGAUAUAUAUUUUUGACAUAACCUAAGUAUCACAUAUAGUAUGUUUUCAAAAACUUUUGUCAGCCAAAUUGGUGCCAUGUAAACUGUAAUUUGUUAUAACCAUGAUUUUUUAAAAUAUAGUUCAUAUUCUAGGUUAUCUGUUGAAAAUGAAGUCUUAAGUCCCACAAGGCAAUCAUAUUGAAAAACUGACAUUCUAUUUAAGAAACAAAAGCUCUUCAAGAAAAAGAUGCCAUGCUACUUGGAAAACUAAGAAAAGAUUACUUGGUAUAGUAGAAGGGCAUGUUUAAUUCCCACAUUAUCUAUUUCACUGGUGCAGUAUAAGACCAUGAAUGUUAGGUUUCCAUAUUGUUCAUUUUAUUUCACUAAUAAAAAUAGAAAAAUCUCAAAACAAAUGAAUGUACAAAGUCAAACUAAAGUGAUUUCCCCACAAAUAUCAACCAGAUGCAAUAGUGAUUCUACAUGAGUGAGUCUGUCAUUUAAGAACAAAUAUAUCCCAUGAUAUAUUUAUUCACAGGAACAGAACACUGGUAGAAUUAUCAUGCUUUCAUUUUCAUUUUGUUAAAAUUGAACUCUGGGAUAUAACUAAAAGCUAGUUUUGUGCACACAUUUCUUCUCUUUUCCAGGAUAGCAUUUGGUUGCUAACUCAGCUGCCAUGCUUCUGAUACAAUUCAAAUUGGGAAAUCUGUGUGACUGUUAAUUAAAGGCUAUUUAAUGACUGGAUCCAUAUAAUUGGUACUGAGGUUUCAUGCCCCUAUCCUAGUAUGUUUAUAUAUUAGUAAUGGCCCUUGUUCAAUGCAUGUCUUUAUCAGUGUGCCUCUUGAUCCUUUGUGUAAAAAUUGACCAGCUGUUCAUAACUAACAUUUCAACUGUCCAAUAAAAGCAAUUUGAAAAAGAA